CGCCAUCUUUUGACUGAGGAGUCGACAGACCAGAGGGCACCUUGCAGUUCAUACAAUUAAAAUUGCCCCCAAGAUCAUCCUGGAUACCAGUCAGACAAUCAUGUCAUCUUCAUACCCAUACAGCGAAUACCCGUUCCCAUGUUCUCAAGAUCCGAAUUGUCAUCAUCAACCGACGGGCCUUCCGGAUUACGCACGUGGGAUCAUUGGCGUCUUUGUUAGCCUGUUUGGCAUUGCCAUGAUAUUUUCAAUCUGGAAGCGUUCCAGACGGUCCUCAGCCUCAAACGGCCCAAUAGAUAAAGAGGCCAACGUCGGUGCUAAAAGGAAUGAUCACGACGAGCGGGAAAGAGAAAACUCAUCCGAUUCCGACAGCUCCUCUAAUGCCGAAAUAAACAACGAUAAUCACACAAGCGGGCACGAGAUAGCAACACCUCACACUCCCGGUGACGGUUGCAAUGACGGCAACAGUUCUGCCGGUGGCGGUUGGUUUAGAGGCAUCAGUUGGUUUGGUGAAGGCGGUAGGGCGGGUGGUGACAGCACGGAUGGCGGUGAUCGGACAGGCAGUCAUGGGGUCGAACGGGCUGGCAACGACUCCUUUGGUGGCGGCGGCGGCGGUGGGGCAUCCUCCGAUGAUUAAUUGCGUUGCAAACUUCGACUCCGAGGCGACAUUGGGCUUCACUCCGGCGCGGAAAGUUGGCUCAUCUCAACAGGAUGGCCUUUUGCUUACAGUUUUGGCUUGAGCUGAUUGUCAAAAAGAUGCCAGUGAAUUGAACAAAGAUUCAAAUGCCU